GUUUCGCUUUGAAAAGUGUUUAAAAUGAACCUCAACGAAGUCGUUGACGAUAACCACCAGCAUGCACCGGAUCCGGAAUAUCGGGUUUUGGAACUUUUCAGUGGAAUAGGAGGCAUGCAUUUUGCUAUCGAUCGUUCUGGAAAACCCUAUAAAGUGGUGGCAGCAAUAGAUAUCAAUCCGGUAGCCAAUACAAUCUACAACCAUAACUUUGGUUCAGAUAAGGCUAAAAACAGUAACAUUCUUAGCUUGACUCCGGAACGCAUUGAAAAGCUUGACGUAAACGUUAUCCUCAUGUCACCACCGUGUCAGCCUUUCUCUCGCAACGGCAGCUUCAAAGACGUUGACGACCGAAGAGCUGACCCAUUCGUGCAUCUGUGUGACCUUUUGGACAAGAUUCCAUCCGUACAAUUCGUCUUACUGGAGAAUGUGAAAGGAUUCGAACGUUCUCAGGCAUGUGAACUGUACAAAACACGACUCUCCGCUGCUGGAUUCUUCUACAAAGAAUACAUCCUUUCUCCACACGAUUUUGGCAUUCCAAAUACUCGUCACCGGUACUACUGUAUAGCUAAACGAAACGAAUUUAGCAAUCCCACCAACGAACUUGUUACUAGUCCAAACUUGAAACACAUUCAGUCAGCCAGAACAAUCGGCGAUCUUGUGGAACCAGAAUCCGACAAACUAAGUCGGUAUCUGCUAAAAGACGACAUACUAAGAAAGAGAUUAGCAAUAAUGGAUAUUUGCACACCAGAUUCCAUCAAUUCGAUGUGCUUUACGAAGGCAUACACGCGCUACGCUGAAGGAACUGGUUCAGUGUAUAGCCCUCUUCUAAGAACUGAAUUUGAUGCCAUUUAUAGGGAAGUUGAAAGUACAGACGACCCAGAUAAGCAGAUAAUGUUGAUGAGAAAGCUGAAUGUACGAUACUUUACUCCAACCGAAGUUGCCAGAUUGAUGUCGUUUCCUGAAGAUUUCGAUUUUCCUCCGCAAACAACCGAUAAACAGUGCUAUCAAGUUCUUGGUAACAGUAUCAAUGUGUUAGUUGUAAGUUCAUUGUUCGACGAGCUGUAUUAGAUAAAGCGGUCGUUG